UGUUAUCCGAGAGCUGCGAUUGGUCUAUACGAAAUACAGCUCUUCCCUUCACGUUCUAGUAACUGAAACUGAACUAAUGUGUUGAUAAAAUGGAAAAGGUUGUAUGUAGUAUCCACGGUGGUGUGUGUAUGUUAAAAACCGGAUUAAAAGAUGGACCAAAUAAAGGCAAGAGCUUCUACGUCUGCGUUGACAAGCAAGGAUGUGAUUUUAGUCAACAAACCAGCAUUUCACCAUCACACUGCCUCCAUCAUGAAGAUUCAAUGGUGGAACUCCAGGCUCUCAACUACAGUCAGCAACAGCAGGGCUAUAGGUUGUUCUACCGAUGUGCUGUAGGUAAAAAAGCAGGCCAGAGGUGGUGUGGAAAUGUACCCUGGACUGCACCAGAAACAGAAAAGAGAAGCCCUCUGUCUGACACACAGCUACAGCCCUCAUGUCUUCCACCUGUACGAAACCCCUUUAAGGCACCAAGCCAGACAGACAAGGACUCUGAGUGGAGAAAGUUGCACAACAAUAGACAUGAAGAGAGAGAAGCAAGUCACAAGGCUGAAAGAAGAGCAAAUUACCAGAAAGAAAAUGAAAGGCAACAAGGUGCAGGAGUGGAAGAAAAGGCAGAUGAUAAGCACAGGUCAUCGGAUACUUACCGGGGUAAACAACUUCCACCGGGGAUGAAGUUAAAAAAGAGAGUUUCAGAUGAGGAAAACAACAGUCCCAAAGAAAACAGUGUUGAAAAAAGAACCGAGAAGAUUCAAGACACGCCCGAGCAGAACCGCAUUAAGCAAGGAGAAGCAGAAAAGGGCAUUUCUUCCUCCAACGUCAAGACUGUUCAUUCUGAGUCAUCAAACAAACAUCAACUCAAAACAAUCAAUCAAACUGCACCAGUUUCUCACAGGAACUUGACUCAGCAACCGUCUGAUGCUGAAACCUCUCAGGUGAAAGAAACCAAACAAAUACUAGAAAACAGCAGCUGCACCCAUGCAUCCAGACACUCUGACAGCAGCAGGAGCCCCAUACCUGACAAACCAACUCAGCCAGAGUCCAGUCAGCCCAACAGUCCCGAAAACAACGAUGAUGAUGAUGAUGAUGUGGUACUGGUGUCGGUGAAGCCUGCUCUGCAAAAGACUCCUCCUGUUUCUACUGUCCAAAAGACACUGACCAACUUCCCAGGAUUCCAGCCAGCUUCUAACAUCAAAAAGCCGGUGGAAAACCCCAAAGGGCUGCAGAACCUGCUCACCGUUCAGCUCCAGCAGAAAAAGGCCACUCUAUCUUCAGUAAACUUGGAGGCGCUACCAGAUAAAGGAGAGAGGCUGAGGACACAGGUUAAAGAGCUGGAGGAAGCCCUGGAGUCACUGAGCCUCACUGCUGCUUCUCAGCCUGAGUCUGAGGAAGCGUGUAGCAGCACUGAUUCUGGUUUCAGCACCACUCAGAUGAAUCCAUUCAGCCGACAGGGCGGGACCAUCCUGCUCCCUGCUCCUCCAGCCCCGGGCCUGCACCAUCAUCAGGCCUCUGGUGGCUCUCUGGAUCUCCAGCUGAGCCAGGGAUACUCUCAGAUGUAUGGAGCAUACCCACAGGCACAGACAUUUUAUGGGGGUAGAAUGACCAACGACCGUCUUCUGGCGGUGAAAAAUGCCACCUGUGAGGCCAUCGACCAUCUCCACAAGUCCCUGGAGUCCUGUCCUGAUGCCGAGGCUGAGGCCCCUGAUCCCAAGGGUAUCAAGGUGCCUCUCCUGCCCCAUCAGAGGAGAGCUUUGGCCUGGUUGCUCUGGAGAGAAACGCAGAGUCCUUGUGGAGGAAUACUGGCGGAUGACAUGGGUCUGGGGAAGACCUUGACCAUGAUUUCUCUCAUACUGGCCAUGAAGAUGAAAGCAAAAAAGGACAAGGAGGAGAUGGAAGAGAAGAAGACGGAUAACUGGUUAUCCAAAACUGACUGCAUCCCUGUGUUGUCUAAGGGCACUCUUAUCAUCUGCCCUGCCUCCCUGGUGCACCACUGGAAGAAGGAGAUUGACAGACAUGUCAAGACGGGCAAGUUGACGGUGUACCUGUACCACGGCCCGAACCGUGAGAGAAGUGCCAGAGCACUGGCAGAUUACGAUGUGGUGGUGACUACCUACAGCCUAGUGUCCAAGGAGAUCCCGGUCCAAAAAGAAGAGGCCGAUAAACCCAACACGGAUAAGGACGAUGUGCGUCCAGGCUCAGCUCCUCUCCUGCGAGUGUCCUGGGCCCGCAUAAUUCUGGAUGAAGCCCACAGCAUCAAAAACCCAAAAGUGCAGACCUCCAUGGCUGUCUGUCAGCUGAGGGCCGGAGCCCGUUGGGCUGUCACUGGUACACCCAUUCAGAACAACCUGCUGGACAUGUACUCGCUGCUCAAGUUUCUGCGUUGUUCUCCGUUCGACGAGUACAAACUGUGGAAAGCUCAGGUGGACAACGGCUCCAAGAGAGGCAGAGAGCGACUCAACAUUCUGACCAGGACUCUGCUGCUCCGACGAACCAAAGACCAACGGGACAGCACAGGCCAACCACUGGUGUCUCUUCCUGAUCGGACUUCUGAGGUGCAUCGACUCAAACUUUCUGAGGAUGAGCAGGCUGUGUAUGAUGUGUUAUUUGCCCAGUCCAGAUCUACUCUGCAGAGCUACCUAAAGCAACAUGAAGGAAAUGAUGUGAAGAAAGGAAGCACUUCCAGUGCUAAUCCCUUUGAGAAAGUGGCCCAGGAGUUUGGUUUGUCCCAGGCUGAUCCUGCUCUGUCGAGCUCCCAGCAGGCUAAGCAGGUGUCCAGCACUGUCCACAUCCUGUCCUUGCUGCUGCGCCUCCGACAAUGUUGCUGUCACCUCUCACUUCUUAAGAAGACUCUGGACUCAUCGGAGCUGCAGGGUGAUGGGAUCGUCUUAUCUCUGGAGGAGCAGCUCAAUGCUCUGUCGCUCUCCUCCAGCCCCUCGCCAUCUGGCCCUGAUCCCAAAGACUCUGUGGCCCUCAAUGGCACACGCUUCCCCUCGCGGCUGUUUGAGGGCACCAGCAAAAGCACCAAGAUCUCUGCUAUCAUCUCUGAACUGAAGGCGAUCAGAGAGAAGAGUAAUGAUCACAAAAGUGUGAUCGUGUCCCAGUGGACCAGCAUGCUCCAAAUUGUAGCAGUUCAUCUGCAGCUGAUGGGGUUAACGUACAGCGUCAUCGACGGGACCGUCAACCCUAAACGCCGCAUGGACCUGGUGGAAGAAUUCAACACUAACCCAAAGGGACCACAGGUGAUGCUGGUUUCUCUUUGUGCCGGGGGGGUUGGACUGAAUCUGAUCGGUGGGAAUCACCUGUUCCUCAUUGACAUGCACUGGAACCCAGCUUUGGAGGAUCAGGCCUGCGACCGCAUCUAUAGAGUGGGACAAUAUAAAGACGUCACCAUCCACAGGUUUGUGUGUGAAAACACAGUGGAGGAGAAGAUUUCCACACUGCAGACAAAGAAGAAGGAGCUGGCACAGAAUGUGCUGUCGGGAACCGGAAACACCCUCUCCAAACUCUCUCUGGCAGAUCUCAAGAUCAUUUUUGGAGUCUGAAUAAAGAGCUGUACCAGCUGACCAACAGCUAUUCAGACAUGCAUUCAUGUGUGAAUGUAUUAGGUUGUAACUUUAGAAAAUGUUGAAAUAACAAUAAUAAUAAUAAUAACAACAACAACAAUGGGGUAAUGCAUUACUUUAAAAGUACCAUGUUAUUUGUUACACCAAGGCUAAGAAUUUUCCUCCAAACACUGAGCCAUAACUGAGAUGUUUAGAUUAGUUACACUAAACAAAAUAUGUGGGCUUUUUCUAAAACUCUUUUUUGGGUUUGUUUUUGUUUGGGGGGGGGGGGGGUUGUUAGUUUUUAUUUGUAUUCUUUCUUUUCUUUUCUUUUCUUUUUUUUGGACUGUUUAAACAGAUGGUCAAAUGCCACAGCUGACACACAGCUGGACAGUAUUUGAAACAUAUGUGUUUACAUACAUUUAAACAGUUUCUUACUAUAUUUUGUAAAAUUACAUAAUAUUUUCCUCCAUGUAUUUUUGGUCUUCUGUUUCUUCCACCUGAUUUAUUUCUUUAUACUUAUCUAAAGAAAUACAUUAUAUCAUUAUUAUUAUUAUUAUUAUUAGUAAUAAUAAUACUAUUAUCAUAAUUUUAUACUAGUAUUGCUGUAUUUGUGUUGUUUGUGAUGUAAUGUUACAAUAAAUUUAGGUGAUUAAAGUUAUUAGAAGUGACUUCUGUUUUAGGCAGUAAACUGAAACGAUUAUUUAAUUUUCCAAAGCUGCUUAAAGUUUACUCAGUUGAAAAACAUGUUGCUAAUAUUGUGGCUUUUAAGGCAUUUCAAUAUUGCACUUGUGAUUAUUAAAAUAUUAUACAUUGAAGACUUAAAAACAUUAGUGGAUGACGUGUUUUUUUGUUUUGUUCUGUGCAGGAACAUGUGUGCUAUAUUUAAAUAUGUAUAACUAGUUAGCAGACGGUCUGUUUUCACCAGGCAACGUGUUUUCAACACUCGCAAAUCACUGACUUUUGAUGCCUUUAGUACAUUUCGAACUUUUGGGCGUCAUCGCCCGAAAUAACAGAACAAUAAAGAGAAAAUUAAAAAA